AUGGUAUAUAAUUUCAAUAAUCUUAUUGGCCAACCCAAUAUUAAAUUACGAAUAAAUGAUAUCAAGUAUCUUAUUAUUUUAACAAUUAUUGGUUCUUGUGUUCAAACAUAUAUGAUAAAUCAUCCUUCUGAUCUUGUUUUUAAUGAAAGUUAUAUGAUGCAACUGGCUUAUAAUUAUAUUAAAAAAGAAUUUUAUAUUGAUAAAGAUCCUCCUUAUGCAAGAAUGCUUUACGCUUUAUUUAUCUGGGUUCUUGGUCAUCUACCAGUUAAUUUGUAUACUAUCAAAAAAGCUUAUUCGUUGUAUCGUAUUCCUCGUAUACCUACGCGAUUGUUUUCCUGUAUUUUUGGUAUUUUAUUGUCACCUAUUACAUAUCUUACAUUGAGGGUUAUGAGAUUUACGAGAAAUACUGCUAUUUUAGGCUCAAUAUUGAUUAUUUUUGAAAGUUCUGUAGUUAUACAAAGUAGAUUUGUAUUUCAUGAUUCAUUGGCUUUAUUUUUUACCGCUUUAACACAUUUGUUUUGGAGAUUAUUUGAAUCAUGUCAACAAAUUCCUUUUAGAAAAGCGUGGUGGGCUUAUUUAAUGGCAACUGGGUUUACGUUAGGCGCCCUUAUAAGCACAAAAUGGGUAGGUAUUUUUACAUUUUUUUGGAUUGGUCUUUUAGCGUGUUUGCAAUUAUGGCAUUUUAUAGAAGAUCUUACUAUGGCCUUGACAACUUGGGUUAAACAUUUUUUUUUUCGCUUUUUUUCUUUAAUUAUAAUUCCUACCUUAUUUUAUAUUAUUACAUUUUAUCUUCAUAUAAAUCUUUUGAAAAAUGCAAAUGAUGGAGUAUUUCUAAGUCCUGAAUUUUUAUCUACAUUUGAUAAUAGAAUUGUGAAGUCUGUUCCUGCGCCAGUUUCUUAUGGUUCUACAGUAACUAUUCGACAUUUGAAUUCUCCAUAUGGCUAUUUACAUUCGCAUUUUGAUUCUUAUCCUUCGGGAAGCAAGCAACAACAAGUAACUCUUUAUUUAUACGAGGAUGCUAAUAAUAAUUGGCUAAUAACAGAUUCUGGAGAUGCAAACUACGAAGUUUUUUCUUUUUCAACAAUUCAAGAUGGCUCUAUAAUUAGGUUAUAUCAUUUAGAAACAAACAGGAGAUUGCAUUCUCAUGAUGUUCGACCAUCCUUAUCUGAUAUAGAUUGGCAAAAUGAGGUUUCAGGAUAUGGACAUAAAGGAUUUCCUGGGGAUCAUAAUGAUCUUUUUAGAAUAGAAAUUGAUAAAUCAAGAAGUUAUACUGAUGAAUCUAAGAUUUCUGUCCGUGCAAUUGAGACAAAGUUUCGUUUAAUUCAUGUAUCUACUGGGUGUGCAUUAUUUUCUAAUAAUAUUUAUCUUCCUGAAUGGGGACAUGGUCAAAUAGAAGUUACAUGUGCAAAAAGUGGAAUUUAUGAAAAUAGUUUGUGGUAUAUUGAAGACAAUAGUCAUGAUGAUUUUUCUAUUAAUAUUGAAAAAGUAAGCUACAAAAAAAUUGCUUUUUUUCAAAAAUUUUUUGAAUUACAUAAACAUAUGUGGGAAGAAAACUUUCAUUUGGAAGAUUUAUAUAAUGCUGGUACUCAUCCGUUUUCAUGGCCUUUUUUGAGACGUGGAAUACAUUUUUGGAUAAAGAAAAAUGAUCAGAUUUAUUUUCUCGGAAAUCCAUUGAUAUGGUUAUUAACACUGGCUUUUGUAGGAGUUUAUUGUAUUUUCAAGCUGUUUGUUAUAUUAUCUGAACAAAGAGGCUAUCCAUCUUAUAAUGAUAAGGUUUAUUUAAGAUAUGAUUAUCUUAUUGGCACUAGCCUACUUGGUUGGAUCUUUCAUUAUUUUCCGUAUUAUUUUAUGGAAAAGCAAUUUUUAUUAUCUCAGUAUAUACCAGCUUUGUAUUUUUCUAUUUUAUCUCUAUGUUCUUUUUGGGAUUUUAUCUCAGUUAGAUUUCUUCAAAGACUUCAAAUUAAAUUGUUUACAUUGUUUUUCUUUAAAAUAGUCAUUUCUGUUUAUUUUAUAAUGGCACCUUUGAUUUAUGGAUAUAGUAUGAGAAAAGAACAUUGUUCUUUUAUUAAGUUUUUUAAAACAUGGGAUUUACGCUGUUGA